AUGAGUGAGAUGGCGGCCAAGAAACAACAAGAACAACAGAAAAACGGUCUUUUAAGACUUGAUAUAUUAGAAUUCGGAACCCAAAAGAAGAGAUGGAGAUAUAGAAGAACCAAAGAGAUUGUCACAUCUCUAAAAAGAAAAGGGUUGUUGCCAACCAAAGAAGAAUCUGAGAAGGAAAUAUUGGAAUUAAAAUCUUUAAUAUUACCAAAAAAAGUCCACUAUAGUAAUGAAACCUUGGCUAAAGCACUCAAAAAGGCUAGAAAAGCAGAAAUUAUUCGUAUGAAGAGUAAAAUCAAAUCAAAAAAGGAUCAGGAAGCCAGUGCCAAAGAGUUAGAACUUUUGGAAACUAAGUUUGAUGAUUCUGCAAUUGAUCUAAUUGCUCACCAAAAGACAGUAAAAUUCAUAGAAAAAAUCUUCAUGUUGAAAAAAUCUGUUCCUGAAUAUAUUCCAACUUGGGUAAAAGAUGCUUUCAAUGAUAAAGAUAAUGAAUACAACUCGUCAAAAUUUUAUAGGGAUGCAGACGAAAAUACCAAGAAACUAUUAUCAAGACUAUUCAAUAAUAAGACCAUGGCAGAGGGCAUGAAGAUGGCCGAAAACAGUUUGAAGAUUGUAAACGAACCAGUGGAGAAACCAAAAGAAUCACAGAAAGAAAGCGACAAUGACAGUAAUAGUGAUGAUGAUAGUGAUAGUGCUGAUAAUGAUAGUGCUGAUAAUGAUAGUGCUGAUAGUGAAAGUGAAAGUGAAAGUGAAAGUGUCGAUGAUUCUGAAAAUGUGGAGUGUGAUGGAAGAAAAAGAGAUUUUGAUGUGGAAGAUGAGGAAGAUGAGAACGUUUAUUCACAUUACGACAAUAUGGUUAUAGCCUCUGAGGCAGAAAGUGAUGAAGAGGGGCAAGAAAAUGGAGCUGCCAUACCACAGAUUGACUACAACCAGGUAACGGAUGAAGAACCUAGUGCGGACGAGGAGUUAGAUAGCGGAGAUGAAUCAUCUGAUUUUUUCGAUUUUGGUGAUGAAACCAAUGGUGAGAAAAAGGAGCAAAAAGAAAAGGAAAAGAAGGAAAAAAAAGAAAAAAAAGAAAAAAAAGAAAAAAAAGAAAAGAAGAAAGAGGAGAAGGAAAAGAAGGAAAAAAUUGUUUUACCUUCUCUUCAGGCCGGAUACUAUUCAGGUGGCUCUGAUUCGGAACUUGAAAAAGAUGAAAACGAUCCUAUCUUGAAGAAUUUAGAUAAGCCAAGAAAAAACCGUCGUGGUCAACGUGCCAGACAAAAGAUUUGGGAAAUGAAAUAUGGUCAUGGUGCCAACCAUGUCAAGAAGGAAGCUGAAAGAGUCAAAUCGGAGCGUGAAACCAAAAGACUUGAAUAUGAAGAACGUGUAAGAAAGAGAGCAGCUAAGCAGAAAAUUUUGGACGAACAGGAAAAGAAUAAUCCAAAUAGACUUCCUUUGGGACAGAAGAAGAAGAAGGUUGACGAAAAUAAGGCCAUGCAUCCUUCUUGGGUUGCAAAGAGAAAGGCCGAAGAGGCUCUUGCAAAAGUCGAGUUUAAGGGGAAGAAAGUUAAAUUUGAUUAG